UUUAGCCUAGCUUAAUUUAGCCUUCAACAAAUUGGGACGCGUUUGUGAGCGACUCGCCGUGACGCAAAGAUCAAGUGUGAGAGUAUGAAGUGUUGUGAGCGACGUGUGAAAAUGCGUGCAAGAAGGACACCAGACUACGAGGUCGAAUUUUGUGGAACAAAAGAGCAGAACGAGCGACAACGUCAACUACUGGAAACCGUUUUCAAGCCGCAGCUUCGAGUAGUGUUACACCGAUCAGAAGUCAGUAAGUAUCUUUCUGCUGAGCGACUGAAGCCAGAGUCCCCUCACAUGAAAGAAGUGGCGGUCAAAGAGCCCCCCCACAUUAAGGAAGAAGAUGAGUUGGAGCCCGCCGACAUUAAGGAGGAAGUGGAGCCAGAAUCCCCCCACAUCAAGAGAGAGGAGGAGGAGGAGGAAGAGCAUCACCACUUCGAAGAGGAAGAAGCGCCCACCCUCUCAUCAAACAGGAAGAGGAGCAAGAGCCCGCCACAAGCCAAGAAAGCCGAGGAGGAAGAGCACCCCGAUAUCAAACGGGAGGUGCCAGAGCUCCUCCACAUCAAACAGGAAGAGGAGGAGGCUAUCACCAAGUUACCAUCAAUUACUGUCCCUUUGAAGUGUGAAGAUGAAGAUCAAAGUGAGGAGGACAGAGAGACACAGCCUCCAAGCAGCAGCUCAAGUCACCACAUGACAGCAGAAGGUGAUGGAGACCACUGUGGAGGAUCACAAGCAGAUAGCUGCUUAGCUCAACUAUCAGAUAAUGCCGAAACAACGUCAAACUCUCAUGAUAAUGAUGACGACGACGAACAUUCUGAAAAUCAUAAGACAGGUCACACUGACAACAAACGCUGGAAAUGUUCUCAGUGUGAGAGUAUGUUUACUUAUAAGUGCAAUUUGAAACAACACAUGAGAAUACACACUGGUGAAAAACCUUUUGCCUGCUCGGAUUGUGUUAAAACAUUCUCUAGAAACCAACAUUUAAGAAAGCACACAAGGUCACACACUGGAGAGAAACCUUUACCCUGCUCAGAUUGUGGUAAAAGGUUCUCUCAGAGAGAGCGUUUGAAUACGCACACUAAAAUGCACACCGAUGGAAAACCAUUUCCCUGCGCAGUUUGUAGUCAGAGAUUCACUCGAAGAGACCAUUUAACAACACAUGCAAGAACGCACACUGGUGAGAAACCUUUUGCCUGCUUGGUUUGUGAUCAAAGAUUCAAUAAUAAGAUAAACUUAAUUCGUCACACAAGAACACACACUGGUGAGAAACCUUUUGCCUGCGCAGUUUGUGGUCAAAGAUUCGCUCAGAAGGGAAGCUUAACAAGUCACACUAAAACCCACACUGGAGAGAAAUCUUUUUCCUGCUCAGUUUGUGGUCAAAGAUUCUCUCAUAAGAGAAAUUUAAUACGUCAUACUAGAACACACACGGGUGAGAAACCUUUUGCCUGCUCAGUUUGUGGGCAAAGAUUCGCUGAAAAGGCUAAAUUAAUUAUACACACUAGAACGCACACUAGAGAGAAACCCUUUGCCUGCUCAUUUUGUGAUCAAAGAUUCUCUCAUAAACAGAGUUUGACAAUGCACACAAGUACACACACCAGAGAGAAACAUUUUUCCUGUGCAGUUUGUGGCCAAAGAUUCUCUUAUAAAGAUCAGUUUAAGAGACACAAGUGUGCUGGUGAAAACAGCAGUGAUCAAUAAAGCUUUAAAUAAAGUUGUAGAAGAAGUUUCACAGCAUUUAAUCCAUCAAAGAUGAACUGUUCUGGUUGUUUUGGAAAACAUUUCACCUCUUAUCCAAGCCAGCUUUGUCAAUUCAUGUACCAAGGUUACUGUAGAUGGAGCUGUCCAAUCUAGCCUUGGUGCAUGUACAACGUCUGCUAAAACAACCAGAACAGUCCAGGCCUGACCUGGAUGAAUGAGAAUAUUCAGAGGGCUAGAUGUCUAAUCUGAAUACUAAUGACUGUGACACUAAUUUUAAACAAUUGUUGUGUUCUGUCUACUUUGUCUUGUUCAUAUGUUCUUGUAUUCUAUGUACCUUCCUAAAAGCCUCCUGUGGACUAGUGUUGAGAAUUAACACUCGUGUUAAAACACUUGGAGCAAUACAUCGGCUUUGCCCAAUGUUUUUGUGAUAUUCCUAUCAAAUAAGCGAAUGAUUUAAUGAAGUAGACAGAAGAAACUGACAGGGAUAAGAUGGAAAAAGUGUAUUUGUGAUUCUGAAUCAAAUACUGUACAACUUUUCAGACAGUGAUAGUAAAUUGUAUAUCAAGGAAGGCAAUUCAACGUUAAUGACAAUGCAUAGGCUCAUUUUAGGACCCAGGAAGUUACACAACCGGCUUACUACCUGUUGGCAUUACAAGAAGGCAUGGUGUUCUUCCAGAUUUCAGAGCCACCAAUAUUGAAUGGGAAUAUUCAAGACAGGCACAAACUUUACUGGACAUGAUCGCCGCACCUGCUUUUGGCCUGUUUUGAACUUCUUAUUUACCAUCUGCUAUGAUGUAAUGUAACUUAAUGACACUGCACAGGUAUUAGAGUAUCAAACUACCGAUUGAACAUGAUUUUGGGGUUGUGUUGAGUUGAUAUAUGUUGUGUGUGUGUGUAUAUAUAUAUAUAUAUAUAUAUAUAUAUAUAUAUUAAUUAUUUAUUUAUUUUUUAAAUUGCAUAUCAUCCCAUAAUGACAAAGUAAAAACAUUUUCAGACAUUUGUGUAAAUUUAAGCGGCACGGUGGGCAACUGGUUAGCACAUCUACCGUACAGUUCUGAGGACGGGGGUUCAAAUCCCAGCCUCGCCUGUGUGGAGUUUGCAUGUUCUCCCCGUGCCUGCGUGGGUUUUCUCCGGGCACUCCGGUUUCCUCCCACAUCCCAAAAAGAUGCGUGGUAGGUUGAUUGAAGCCUCUAAAUCACCCAUAGGUGUGAAUGUGACAGAGAAUGGUUGGUUGUUUAUAUUUUCCCUGUGAUUGGCUGGUGACCAGUACAGUGUCUACCCCGCCUCUCCCCAGAAGACAGCUGGGAUAGGCUCCAGCAAGCCCACAACCCUAGUGAGGAUAAGCAGUCCAGAAAAUGGAUGGAUAUGUAAAAAAAUUUUUUUUUAAAUUUAAACACUCAAACAAUAGGUAAAUAAGUAUUCACACCCUUUGCUAUGACACUCAAACUUAAGCUCAGGUGCAUCUGAUUUCCACUGAUCAUCCUAGAGAGCUUUCGACAACUUGAAGUCCACUUGUGGUAAAUUCAGUUGAUUGAACAUCAUUUGGAAUGGAAGGCCUUGGUCAGAGAGGUGAACAAGAACCCUAUGGUCACUAAGGCAGAGCUCCAGUGUCCCCUUGCGGAGAUAGGAGAACCAUCCAGAAGGUCAACCAUUGAUAACACACUCCACCAAUCAGGCCUUUAUGGUAGAGUGGCCAGACGGAAACCACUUCUCACUAAAAGGUACAUGGCAGCACGCUUGGAGUUUAACAAAAGGCACCUCAAGAAUUCUCACACCUGCACAAACAAAAUUCUUUGGUCUGAUGAAACCAAGAUAGAACUUUUUGCCUGAAUUGCAAGCGUCAUAUCUGGAGAAAAAGAGGCACUGCUCAUCACCUGCCUAACACCAUCCCUACUGUGAAGCAUGGUGGUGGCAACAUCAUGCUGUGGGGCUGUUUUUCCACUGCAGGAACUGGGUGAAUAGUCCGCAUAGAAGGUAAGAUGACAGCUGCCAAAUAUGGAGAAAUUAUUCAACAUAACUUGUUCCAGAGUGCUCUGGAACUCAGACUAGGGCAUCGGUUAACCUUCCAACACGACAAUGACCCAAAGCACACACCCAAGAUAACAAAGGAGUGGCUUCAGAGGAGCCUGUGAAUGGCCUUGAGUGACCCAGCCAGAGCCCGGACUUGAAUCCAAUCGAAAAUCUCUGGAAAGGUCUAAAAAUGGCUGUACACCAACGCUGCCCAUCCAACCUGACUGACCUUGAGAGGAUCUGCAGAGAAGAAUGGGAGAACAUGACCCAAAACCGGUGUGCCAAGCUCAUACAGACAUAUCCAAAAAGACUUGAGGCAGUGAUUGCUGCCAAAGGUGCUUCAACAAAAUAUUAAGCAAGGGUGUGAAUACUUAUGUACCUAUUAUGUUUACAUUUUUAAUACAUUUGCGCAACUGUCUGAAUUUUUUUUUACUGUGUCAUAUGGGAUAUUUUAUGUAGAUUUUUUUUUAAAGAAAACUAUACUCAAAUCAGCUUUAGAAUAACUGUAACAGCAAAAUGUGGAAAAAAGUGAAGGUGUGUGAAUAUGUUCUGAUAGCACUGUAUAUAUCAUAUAUACCAAUAACUGCAAAGAUUUUCUACGUAAUUUGUCUGUUGUUUUCAUUUCACUCAUUAUUACAGAGUCCUGUGCAAAGGUUUUAGUAACUUUGUUAUGAAGCUAGCAAAGCUAAAAAUCUAAACCCUGUUUGUAGCAAAGACAGCAACCGUGAUACUGUAUGUGCAAAGUUAAAAAUUCCACGCUCCUUUAUAAAGGAUUGUUUAGGAAAACAAACUAUCAUGAAAAUAAAGUGCAAUAAUUGCAGUAGUAAUGAUUUUAUCUGUGUUCUGUUUGGGACUAUGGUUUUUAAUAGGUAAAUUGGUUUGUUUUGCUUGUAU